AACAGGUUUUACAUUUCACUCAUCUCGCACUAAACUAAAAAAAAAAACUUUGCCAUGUGCAAAUUUGUAAACUGUAGUGCACUUUAGUGUCUUAUUCCACAACUUUUUGUCAUAACACUAAAUGAAGAUUUCCAUAACAAAACAUUAUUCAUUGAGGACAAAUUAUUGUCAUUUUUCUCAAAUGACAAAUCAUGUAGGAAUGAUUCAUUAAUGAAUCAACAGGUCCGAAAUGUAAUAUGAUAUAACACCCACGAACAUAACUGCAGUAAUAACAAUGUGUGGACGUACUGCAUGUGCUCUGGAACCAGAUGAUAUUUGUAAGUCCUGUUCCUUCAACUCAAAAACUACUGGUAAAGGGAGACAACAACCUGUAUGGCGAGAUCCUCCUGGUGGUCAGAAGUAUUACCCAUCAUACAAUGUAGCUCCUGGUUCACAUACCCCAGUGUUGAUCUCCAGUCAGCAUUACCAGGGAGAACUAGAUACCAUUACAGAGAGAGUAAUACAACCAAUGAGAUGGGGUCUAGUCCCAUCAUGGCAUAAAGGAGAUCCAAAAAAUGUAGGAUAUGAAACUAAUAACUGUAGAGCAGAAGGAAUGUUGGAGAAAAAGACCUAUAAAGUUCCAUUGGAGAAAGGCAGAAGAUGUUUGGUAUUAGCUGAUGGUUUCUACGAAUGGAAGAGAGAUCAAGGCAAAAAGCAGCCAUACUUUAUUUAUUCCCCUCAAGAGACUUGGGUCAAAAAAGAAAAUUGUGACUUAGAAAUGAAGAAGGAACCAAUUGAUCCUGACCAGAACUUUAAUGUUAAAGAAGAAGAAGAUGAGGAAGAAACAGAGGAUACAGAGAGAAAACUGUUAAUGAUGGCCGGUGUGUUUGAUGUAUGGCAUCCACCAGAUAACUCUGCUCCAGUAUAUUCAUACAGUGUAAUAACAGUAGAAUCUUCUCCUGUGAUGUCAUGGAUACACCAUAGAAUGCCUGCAAUAUUGACAAAUGAUGCUGAAAUUGACGAAUGGAUAAAUUUUGCAGAAGUUCCAUUAAGAGGGGCAGUACAGAAUAUUAGACCUACAUUAAGCCUACAGAUGCACCCAGUGACAACAGCCAUGGGUAACUCACGUUACAAAUCACCUGAUUGUGUUCAACCAGUAGAUCUAAAGAAACCUAAAGCACCAGUAAGCAGCUUUAUGAAGAACUGGCUGGCACAACCUAAAAAGGAACAAAAUGACAAUGGACUAAGUUCACCUACUAAAUCCACAUCAAAACCCAACUUAUCACCAAUAAGCCAAUCUCCAACAAAACAAUCAAAAAGUAGUAAUCUCAUGAUGAACUGGUUACAGAAGGGGAAAAGGGAACCAGAUGAAGAUAACGACUCUCCUGCAAAGAAGAUAAAAACUUGUGAUGAUUGAAUUUGUUUAGAAUUUACACUCAAAUGCCAUUUGUGUUCAAAAAGAAAAAAAUAAUAUCUUCAGUUGAAAGUAGUUUUGCAACGGUUCAUAUGAUUUUCAUAAUUUGGCUGUGAAAUUCUUGAAAUUAAUCAUAUAUGGCAUUUACACAAAUACUUUUGUGUUCAAACACCAUUAUAUAAAUAUUGGUAGACUUUUUACUUUUUUAAAUUAAAAUAAAUAAUGGUAAAAAUGGAGUCAUUAAAAUGAUGAUAUCAAUAUCAUCUAUAAACUUGCUAACCAAUAUUUUAUAUUGUAACAGUGGUAUGAUAUUCCUGGACAAAUGUAAGGGUUAUAAUCCCAACUUUUUGUUAAAAUAAAGAAAAGCCACUAAUAUAGUUUUGGUAUUGUAACCAUUUAACUGUUAUAUAUAAGCAUUUAAAAAAAUGUAUUUUGUUAGUGUUUUUUUUCUAUCUUUUCUUUAGCAAUUUUUUACGCUUAUAUAUUUGGCAAUGCCAAUUUUCAUAUAUAAUUUGAAUAGACAUUAUACCUUUCCUUGUAUAUACAAUUGCAUUGUAAUUCAUUGUUUUUGUCACUUUGUAAUAAAAGUAUAUGGUAUGUUGAUCUACAGUUGUAAACUUCUACAUAUUCUAUGUCUUUGGUGGAAAAUUGCCUCAUUGGUAAUCAUACCACAUUUUGCAAUAUUUACAUAUUCAUUGUGCUUCAGUUUGAAAGAGAUCACCAUUAUUGUUAAAUGACCAGCAUUUAGUUAAAGUGCUGAAGUGAUCUUUUUUUAACACCUAAUUUAUCAAGAACUACAUUUAUUCCAGAGAAUCAUUGCACAUGUUGUAAGGUAUUCAUAUUUUAUAUUCAUUUAUUGAAGUUAAGCUUUUAGUUACCAACCAUAACUUAUUAUAUACAAGUAAUUAAGC